UAUUAUGAUAAUUUACAUAUUGUCAGAACAAAAAGAUUGUGAUACUAUGACGCAAAUAGCCUGUGUAUAAACAUGUGGAAAUAAUAAAUGAAAACAGAUCUUUAUUAGCAUACAGAAUGGAUCUUCUAGAACAGCGUAAAAUCAAGAGAGUAUGUCAUUGCUCUCAGAAAUGGAAAACAAAUGUGAUGCCUGUGUCCCAGCCAGUGCGUGCCAAGAGUUUGUUACGCGCAAACUUGGAAAGUUCUCGCGGGCAAUUUUUGCAAAGCAGAAUGCCAAAUAUCAAAGUCUUCAGUGGCACAUCACAUCCAGAUUUAGCUCAACGUAUCGUCGACAGACUUGGUAUCGACAUUGGAAAAGUUGUCACGAAGAAAUUUAGCAACCUCGAAACAUGUGUGGAAAUAGGAGAAUCAGUUCGAGGAGAAGAUGUAUACAUUGUACAAAGUGGAAGUGGAGAAGUAAAUGACAAUUUGAUGGAACUAUUGAUCAUGAUCAAUGCUUGUAAAAUUGCUUCUGCAUCUAGAGUAACUGCAGUAAUUCCUUGCUUUCCAUAUGCAAGACAAGAUAAGAAGGAUAAGGGUGGUGAUGGAGGUGACAACUCAAAUUCUAAGAAACAAAUUGUCAUGAAGUCAAACGAAUGGAAAUUCAGGAGUCGUGCACCUAUUUCGGCGAAAUUAGUAGCAAACAUGCUAUCGGUAGCGGGGGCUGAUCACAUUAUUACAAUGGAUUUGCAUGCUAGUCAAAUUCAAGGAUUUUUCGACAUUCCAGUUGACAAUUUAUUUGCUGAACCUGCUGUCCUGAAAUGGAUAAAAGAAAACAUUGUUGAAUGGCGAAACAGCAUUAUUGUUUCUCCAGAUGCUGGUGGUGCUAAAAGGGUAACAUCUAUCGCUGAUCGAUUAAAUGUUGAAUUUGCGCUUAUACACAAAGAAAGGAAGAAAGCAAAUGAAGUUGCUAGUAUGGUGUUAGUUGGAGAUGUAAAAGAUAGAGUUGCUAUUUUGGUAGAUGAUAUGGCUGAUACUUGCGGUACUAUUUGUCAUGCAGCAGAAAAGCUGUUAGAGGCUGGAGCCACGAAAGUAUAUGCAAUUUUAACACAUGGAAUCUUCAGUGGUCCAGCAAUUAGCAGAAUUAAUAAUGCUUGUUUUGAAGCUGUGGUAGUUACUAAUACUAUUCCUCAGGAUGGUCACAUGAAAGAUUGUCCAAAGAUACAGUGUAUCGAUGUAUCAAUGAUGUUUGCUGAGGCUGUAAGACGAACUCACAAUGGUGAAUCCGUAUCGUACCUGUUUUCAAAUGUACCCUAUUAGAUAAACAUUUUCCUAAUAAUGACCUCUGUCAAAUCAUGUAAGGAGAACGUAAUCUUUUUACAACCCUUAUUUUUAGUUUAGUUUAAAAUAUUUGCCUAUGAAAGCAAACUUGGGAUGAAUACUAAUGUCCCAUUUUUUAAAUUGAAAACUAUACAUACUCCCUUCUUUGAUAGAUGAUGCGUGUAGAAAAUGAGACGUUAGCUGGAUAAAGCAUACUGUAUUGUCCAUUUUAAAAAAGAAAAAAAAAAUAAGUUAAUUACUAAUAGAUCCAAUCAAUCAGCUUCAGAGUGAAAUUCUUUGAAAGUAAUUAAAUUGUUGCUAGGCUACUACUUAUUGUGCAGAAUGCAUUAUUGCCUUGUUUAGAAUAUCGUUAUUACAUUGUUUAACUUAAAUUGUGUGCAAGAUGUUAGAGAAACAUCUGUUGCUUCGAUAUAAAAUGCUACUACAGUUAUCCUGGCAGUUGUACAUAACUGGGGAUAAAAAGUAUUGCAAUUGAGGCAUUAAUGCGAUUUAAUCGCGCUAUUAGAAGGAUAUCUCAUUUUUUUUUUUUGCAGUCAAAUAUGAAAAUUUCCAACAGACGUAAACAUUUUUCAACUGGUAAUACAAAGCGUCGAAAAAAUUAGCUUUUUACUAUGCUAAUACGAUACUGUUUAUUACAUUGUAUAAAAUGGAAAAAUAAUAUCAAAGAGACAUUAUAUUUUUUUCAUGUUUUACUAUUGCAAUUUUGAAGAAAGGCCGCUAUUUAUAUGAACAUAACUAUAAUUGACCAAAACAAUUAUAGAUCCUCAUAUAACGAAGGAACAUGACCUCACCGUCAUUUACUGAUUUAGCUUUGGACCAAUAUAGCAUGAAAAUGUAAGUCAAUACAAACACAGCAUUCUUUACAUGUAAAUUUAUCUUAAUUCGAUAAAAAAUGCCACCUGUUAAUACAUUUGGUAUUAUAAUAAACAUCUCUCUGAAU